AUGGCAGCUGCUUCAGGCGGGCCGGCACACCUUCUACAGAAGUUGUAUUACCAUGUCGUGUUGCCUCGAGACGUUCCUGGUAGAGAGGAUUCCAACCUCUUCUCCAUUGAAAGAGAACUUCACGACCGCCUCACACGUGCCAUAAAGGCCGUUAGCCCUCAUGCAUCAACUGAUCACUUUUACGCGAUUGAAGCAGCUCGUGUAUCUUUCGUUAAGAGCAAAGCCAUCAAUGUCGACGGAAAGAUCGACAAAGACGUUUUCGUGGAAGAAUUAGCGACUCUCAAUACUUCACAGACGCUGUUCUUACAUGCUACGGAGCAAAAUGCGGCCUUGCUCGUGUACCGGGAAGACAAAGCGGGUGCUGAGCCAUGCGUAACGUUCGAAGUCUUCGAGGCUUCCGCCGCAUCUGCUGCAGUUCUGGCCGCGGAGAACGCCCUACGGCGAACUUUCCCAGGACAUGCAGUCACUGUACCAGCCCAUAUCAUAGCCGACAAGACCUUCCGUGAUGCUUUGGGCACGUUCCUCCAGCAGGCCAGCAUCGAAUGUGUCAAGAAGUUCUCCGCCGUGACCUACAAGGCGAACGCGCCUUUGCCCGAAAUCCGUGAUACCGCAGAUCCAGCCAUUAUAAGCGGCCUUUUAAUGUCCAUCCUCGAGGCAACUGGCCAGUCUGCUAAUUGCACGCUGCUGCGAAAAAGGGUACGAGACACCGUAUCAUUCGACAAUGCUCGCAAACCCUGGAGACGCUCUCCGUAUUAUCUCGUGCUUCGCGUCGCGUUGCAGCGGCAUCUAUAUCGAUUGCUAGGUGGUCAGGUUGGUCACGUAUACUACAAGCUCAUCAUGUGUACGUUCUUGGUGUCUCUCCUAGACGAUACCGUAGGCGAAAUCCCCUCAGAGCAGAUUUACCAUCUCAAACGCAAACUCGGACUCCGGAUCGCAAAGCUCGAGAGUGAUAGAAAACUCGACUGGCAAGAAGCCGCCCCUGUUUUGGACCGCCUCAUCCGUGCAUUGCAUCCAAUCUAUGAUAGAUCACUCACAGUAGCAAUGACCUACAUAGAACGCCAGUGGGAAGAUGUACAAAAGAAAACAAGGCGUGUCAUCAAACUGCUGCCAGUGCGGGCACCCCCCUCGGAUUGUGUCCUGAGUUUGACACUCAGUGGGCCACUAUUACGACGAAUCAUCUUCAACCCACUGCCUGCGCAACAGCCGGUUCUCAAUGCCUCAAAAUUUAUCAGAAAUUAUGAGCGUACAAAAGCGAAAACGGAAAUAUUUUCUCGAAUCACAGAUAAAUACUUGACUCUGAACAAAAUGGACGAUCGUAUGCGACAGAAAGCGUCCAAUUAUCGACAGAUGCUGUCUGACUCUUCUAGAUCAAUCGACUACGAGGCUAUCUGCAAAAAGGUUUCUAGACUUAUUAAGGAGUACAUUGAAACCGUCGGAACUGCGUAUGAUGAAUAUCCCAACCUUAAAAGUCAGAUGUUCUUGACUUUGUUCGAACUUUGGGUCAUCCUAGAUCGAUGUGCUAUAUUUUGCUAUAGCAUACUGAGCGAGUACCAGCCCGGUUUCCACUUAAAGAUCUUCGAGAAAUUGCAACUUCUUUCGCUGGAGGAUCUGGUUCGCCUGCGACGUGUCGAAUGCUACGCUUUGAGAAGAUGCAGACGCCGCAAAGGCAAAGACCCAAAGACCAUCUAUGACACUCCUUCUGAGGAUUGUUUUGCGGUACAAUACUAUGAUACUUCUUCACAUGCUUUGAAUAUGCGUCUUCGGCGGGAAAGGAUCGAAUCGCAAGCUGAAAUUGAUCGUCAGGUCAAAGAGAAGGAAUGGACUACAAAGAACGCUGAACAUGAGGAACUCAUGAAAAAAAUCAAAGAGUCUCGGUGCCCGGGCUUUGAGGACAAAAUCAUGCCCGACGGAUCCGUGCAAAGCAAACAUCGGGCAGUAUGCUGGCAUCAUCGAUACAUGCAUGAAGCUAGAAAUAUUCAAAUCGAAAUCCACGAACAUCCGCUGCCGACUCCCGAAUACGCUGCUAAGGCCGUAGUAUUUGAGCUCGCGCCUCCGGAAGCCUUUGCUGCUUACCGUGAUGCUACGUGGCGACUCUUGACCCGAUUUUUCUACGCAGAUGCGAAAGUAGUAGACGGAAUCUUUGAGCUUGCUAAUUAUUUAGGCCUCAAAUUGCAUGGAGGAAGUUCCAAUACGAUGGUGUCGAUGGCUUCAGUUAAGAAGUCCCAUCUCGAUUCCCACUACGCCACCGUACGAUUCCCUACUUCCCUUGACGAGGUCUGCCGGCCAUGUGGCCUCAGGUUGGAUUACUACGACAUCGAGAAUUUCAUGUGGACAUCGAAGCGUGAACAUCUUCCACCAGCGUCAAAUUUCCCUCUCAUUCUACCUGCAGGAUCACCCUUUUCAAUGUUUCGCCCGUCCUUCAACCAUUGGCCAACAUCCAACGACAUCAUUGCAGAACAAUCAAAGUGUCCGGUCACUUUGAAUACUCAUGAGUUUAUGUCUUGGAACAACUUGCUUGUUGGAACUCACUGUAGAUGGCUCACUCUUUUAAGGGAGCUAGGCUCUACCAAUUUGAAUUUCUCUGCAGAAUCGACAUGGGCAAUUGUGACAGCAUUGGCUCAGCAAGUGGGCCCGGCAUUGGAGGGUGGAAAUUCAAGUGAGGUUCAUGAGGUAUUCCAGGACGUAACGUUUUGCCACAAGUUACUUGAGCAAGUGAGCCAACGGCUUGAGGCGAUUAGGGAGAAUUGGCGCGAACCAAUUCAGAUGAGUAUGCUGGUACUCAUGCUGCUCAAAGUCAAGUCAAUGUCGGAUGAUCCAAAUGUGGUGCGUUCCGCAUCCGAAAUGCUUCAUAAUGCACGAGCGAUCUGUUGGGAAUGGUGCAUCAUGUUGCGAUCAUGCCCUGACCUUCCCAGCGAGUCAGCCAUCUUCGCGACUUGGGCUGCCGUGCUAACGAAAAGCACAUUUCGUUUAGCGCCCCAAAUGCCUUUCGAUUUAUCACGAAAGGAAACAAAACAGUACAUUUGUGCAUCGAUCUUCCUACACGAGGCCCACAUCGGAGCUUUCGACAAUAUACCACACUGCCUACGCACGAAUUUGUUGAACGAUAUUCAUUUGGGCCAACAGAUCUACGCAAAACUUCAAGCGUGCAUCGUUAGGCAACCAGAAGUGAUACUAGAUGUCCUUGAAGAGAUCUGGCCUGUUUCCGCUGAGUCUUCAGAUCAUCGUCUAGAGAUUGAGCUCAUUGAAAACACCGGUUGGGUGCACAUCAGAAUAAAAAUGGCUCGACAGAAUGUCACGCAUCAUGUUCACAUUCACUUUCUUCAAGGCGACUUUCUCAUCGAUGGACAACAGUCUGGUACUCUUCCAGUGGCAUAUCGUCAGUCUCAAGCAGUAAAGAUCCUUUUUGAAUCAUACAAUUUUCGUGUGCGACCAUCGUGGCUCAAUGGCAUGGCCUAUUACGUAGACAGGCCAAUGCCAAAUGGUCAUAGAAUCCACCUGGGCCUUCGCGACAAUGCGGUAAUUGUACGAGCAACGAGGCACGGCUCGACCCUGGAACUGAUCCAACGGUCGAUUUUCCAAUCGCCAGUCCACUUCGACCUACCCAGCGUAAUGAUAGACAAUUGUUACCACUGGCUGGACGUGCAUACUGGGGUGAUGGAAAUCCGAAGGCGUGAUAUUUGGAAGCAAAGGGACGGAAACUGGACGAUAAAUCUUCGCACAGGUACUGCAACAAGGAGGAAAUCUGUUUUAUUGGACCCACACAGUAUGACUGCGAAAGAUGUCGCCCGAAAUUUUCAUCGUUUCGAGGAUGGCAGGCAUAUUUUGGUGUACCAGUCCCAUGCAAGAUACCCUCGCCUUUGUGUGGAACUCAAUCGCUUGGAGCUCGUGUUCCACGUUAGGGACUCCGGUCUCCUCUAUUGCAAACAGCACGACGCAGUGGUACCCUAUGGCCCCGAGCAAGAACCUGGGGUGUGGACGGGCCUCUUAAGCAAAUUAGUUAUUCGAUCCGUCAAAAAUAAGGAGCGGCGCAGUAUACUGGUACCUUUCGGAGACUUGAAAUUCAUCAUGUCGCCAGGCGAACAUUUGCUCAUUGUGGUAGAGAGUAAGGGAGAAUACCUCAAAUUUGACAUUGAUCCGAUUCUUGGCCGUCUGGAUUGCCCCGCUGAGCCGCUGACUCUCUACUACAAAGCCCAAUGUCACGCGUAUACUUCGCACCAUCUUCCUGAUAGCCUCACUGGUCGCACGGGAAUCGAUGAGGCCAUCAGAUGUCUCGAGAGUGGACUGUAUCAACCUUGGACUGCACUUACACCGACUCCCGUCCAGCUAUUACGAAACAUCUCGGCGUUAACUCCUGCUAGAGAUUACUACCCCCAGGAUCUCAAAUCCAUGGAAAGAGUGCAUUGGCGCCAAGAUCUGACGGUUACAAUACAGGAUGAUCGAUUUCGAGCGUGUAUUGCUCGGAUUCUUCUGAAAUCAACAUCCUUAAGCAAGUUCAACACUCAGAGUGCACAUGACCUGAUGAAAAUGCAUUCCUAUCAACUAUCCCAUCUUGAGCGUCGUGCUUUCUGUCGCGUACAGAAAAGCUCCUUGGCCAAAGAUAGGGAAUAUGAUGCUAGAGACCUAGCACACGUUUCUAAUAAGUGCAGCUACUCUAAGGCGGUGGCAACUUGGUUUCUGGAUCAAACCCAGCCUCCCAAAGCCUCGAAAAGCCUUCCGCAUCUUCUUGAGGGCUAUCCUUUGAUCGGAAGCUAUGAUAUGCCAUAUGAGAAAGUUCGAUUGUCUGAUAUGAUGUUAGUGGAUCUCGCACAAGAAUGGGGCCCAAUAUCCUUGUUGGCAAUCUCCUCCAAGAAGCCUGAGCGGUACCACUUGAUGUUCCUGUUUGGGACUAUGGCAUUCUCACAAGUGGCGAAUAUGGAGCUUUUGGGAGCUCUAUCUUCUUUCGCGAUGCUCGAGGGAGUCAAAGCAAUUGAGUUGCCUUCAAAUCACUCUUCUUAUGUUGACUUCAUAUCUGGUGAGCUACCGGUAGCGACAAAAAUGAUGUUGCUUAUGAAGGAUGCAUGUGUACCUUUCGAGUCAACAAGUGAAACCAGCCGAGGAAAGUCAGGCCAACUUGCCCUCAUGAGAAUCAAACAUCAAAAGGACGUUGAAGCCAGUUGUCAGGUGCUUGCCAAAGAUAUCUGCAAACAAUGGCCACGUCCAAUUAUCGAUGCUGAAUCGCUUGCAGCUAUUGAUGCAUCUCUGGUGGAUGUUAAAAAGGCUCUUGAGCUAGUAUCGGCAGAGUGGAAGCGACUGGCUCAGAACGCCGACUUAGACCAUCACUUGAAGAAGUUACAAAUUGCUCUAGACCGCAGCCAAUCACUUCCAACAACAGCACCAAACACUAUCGGAAAUCCUGAAAUCAAUCCGCCCAAUCCUGGAUUGGACGAUACGUACUAUGAAUCUAGACUGCGUGCCCAUGAUAUCCCAACAUUAGGCGAUCUGCUCGCGACCAGGAUGGAAAAAGGUCAUUUAGGCAUUUCCUCAAGAGCUACGGAAAGCCUUUCUAGUGGUAACUCUCUUGGUAUCGUACCUUUUGCGUCCCGAAGCAAACUUUGCGGUCAUACGAUUAAUCCUCCAGCUCAAAGAAAGAAGCGGUUAGCACGAAUUCCAGAAUCCGUUAAAGAGUUGGAGAUGAUUGUUAGGAAGCUGCAGAACACAACGUCAACGGUGGAAAGAGACUUUGCGACAGAGAUGAACGACAGUGUACAGUCACUUGUCGGCCAUUUGAGUAUGCCACAAGUUAUGAAUUCUGAAUUCAUACCUACUAAACACGACUUCGAAGUACAUGAGGCGGCCCGCUUGUACAACGAAAUGAUUCAGCAUAUACGAAAGACGCUUGCUAUUCAAGACCGUCGCUCAAUAUGGCUGAAGCAUGCAGACUUGUGGCCUUCCAUGUCUCCACUGGAUCUGCUCUCGGAGCUCCGUUCUAUCUCAAAUGUUUCCUUCGGCGAGGGUGUGCGUCAGGCCCUUAUUGAUCUUGGGGUGCAGCUAUGUGCUUACCAGAGAUUACUCCGAAUAAAAGAUGCAUCACUAACAGGGAAAACCCAACAGCUGGAAGAUGAGCGCAAGAACCCUGGACACACUAAUUGGAAACCAAUUGAGAGACCUGAUUGGCUCUUGCUCGAAAUCGAUAGCAACGUGAUGCUUAGAGAAGAGCAAGUGAAGGUCGCAGAGGCUGUCAUCUCACCUUCGUCCGGAAAGAAUUCAGUUGUUCAACUAUUGAUGGGCAAGGGCAAAACUUCCUGCAUUCUUCCUAUGGUCGUGUCUAUCCUGGCAGAUGGAAAUCAUCUGCUGAGAGUCGUGGUACCUCGCGCUCUCCUAUUGCAAUCGGCGCAAGUACUACAAGCGAAACUUGGAGGGGCUUUGAAUCGCGAAGUCAUCCAUAUACCAUUUUCCAGAAGUACACCUACCAACGAUGAGCUCAUUCAGCUCUACGGUAAUCUUCACAACGACGCGAGAAUAAAUAAAGGUGUCGUGCUGGCUCUCCCGGAGCACCUCCUUUCAUUCAGACUUAGCGGACUACAGCGGUUAUGUGAGGAGCGCAUGCAAGCGGCGGGCCCAAUGAUCAGGAUACAGAAGUUCCUAGACAAGCAUGCUCGGGAUGUUCUAGAUGAGUGUGAUGUCACCUUGGCGAUUCGAACACAGCUCAUAUAUCCAUCUGGCAUACAGAGAACCGUAGACGGACAUCCUUUACGUUGGCAAGUCAUCCAGUCACUCCUUCGACUUGUGAAGUCGUUCAUUCCGGACCUGCUUCACCGCUUCCCUCUAAGCUUGGAGGUUGUACACCGACAUCGCGGCGAGUAUCCUUUGCUCUAUUUUCUUCGGCACGACGUUGAGGAUUAUCUUCUCAGUCAAAUCGUAGAAGCUUUCGGCCAAGGACAGUUAAUUAGAUGCUCAGGAUGUACAGAGAGCGACAUGAAUGAUAUGAAGCUUUUCAUUUCAUCACCUAGCGUAUCAUCGAAGAUUGCCAAAAGAAUUGCCAAAGGGCUGAAAGAUAAUAUUCAUUUAAUGAAAGCAGUCUACCUGCUAAGAGGGCUGCUGGUCCAUCGCAUACUUCUGUCAACCCUGAAGAAAAGGUGGAAUGUGCAAUACGGUCUUCAUCCAACUCGCGAACCAAUCGCCGUGCCGUAUCAUGCGAAAGGUGUACCAUCGCCUACGUCCGAAUGGGGCCACCCAGAUGUAGCAAUCAUUCUGACGUGUUUAUCCUUCUAUUAUGAAGGCCUCACAACUAGCCAGUUCAAGCACUCCUUUGAGCAGUUGCUCAAAUCUGAUGAGCCAGGCGUCGAGUUUGAGACAUGGGUCAGCAGUGGUGUUCCCGAAAGCCUGAGUGACCACAAGAUCAUCAAUCCGGAUGACACUGUUCAAUUCGCAACUCUCUAUCAGCACGUCCGACACAACAUCCACAUGAUAGACUUUUACUUGAAUAACUUCGUCUUUCCGAAGCAUGCAAAACAAUUCGAGACUAAACUACAAGCGUCCGGCUGGGACCUUGUCCAAUUUGACCCAGACCGCAAGCUCAACUGUGCGACCACCGGGUUUUCUGGUACGAAUGACUCUCGGCAUCAACUUCCCAUGACCAUUCAGCAGAAUGAUCUGGCAGAGCUGAAGCAUACUAAUGCAGAAGUUCUGUCAUACUUACUCGAGGGACGAAAUCGGAGAUAUGUGCCUGCUGUAGAUGAUCAAGGAAAGCGUCUAAGUGAAACAGAUUUACUGGCAAAACUUGUGGACCCGUUUGGAAAAGGUCUACAGAACCCCAGUCAUAGUGAAAGACUCCGAAUCCUUAUUGAUGCCGGUGCUCAGAUCCUCGAGCAUGACAACCGGAGUCUCGCCAUGGAAUGGCUUAAAAUUGAUCAUGAUGCUUCCGUGGCGGUCUAUUUCGAUUCGUCUGAUCACCGUGCUUGGGUGAUCUACAAGAAUGGCAAAUUGAUCCCACUGGUUGCAUCUCCAUUCGCAGAGCGUCUUGAGAAUUGCGUGGUCUAUCUUGAUGAAAGUCAUUGUCGUGGAAUCGACAUUAAGUUUCCGCCAAAUGCCAAAGCUGCGUUGACGUUGGGCCCGCAUCUGACAAAGGACGCUUUUGCGCAAGCAGCCAUGAGAAUGCGACUGCUUGGUACAACUCAAUCUGUUACAACGUUUUCACCACCCGAAGUACACCAGAAGAUUCUCGAUGUCCAGCAAAAGAUCCAAGGCGAUUAUAUUGAUUCGUCGGAUGUCAUUUCAUGGCUUCUUAAACAAACCUGUACUGCAAUUGAACAAACAGAACCACUUUAUUACGCGCAGGGAGUUAAUUAUCUGCACCGUAGUCAGAGCAAGUUGGACAAUGCGGACUUUCUGAAGAGUAUUGCUUCAAGAAGUCUCUACUGCACAUCAUUGAAGUCGAGAGAGUCUUUGACCCUUCAAGAACUUUACGAACCAAAACUCCAUCAAAAGUUUACAGAGAAGCUUGUCUCAAAUAAUUCUCUCUGCCAGUAUGCACAGAAACUGCAACUGCGACGCAAGGCAUUUCAAGAUCGUGGACGGGCUACACAUUCUUCUGCUCUUGAAGAAGUGGAGGUGGAGCGUGAAGUGGAGGAUGAGGUUGAAGACGUCCGAGAAGUCCAGAAACCGUUCUACUUUACGGCACACAAAGUCGGGAAGCUUCAUCAGGACAUAUCUUUCUUUGCGGAGACUGGCAUCUUGCGUCUUGAAAGUCCUGCUUAUCAACCUGUCUUUGACGUUCUACAGCGUACUGGGUUGGGCGUCCUUCAAGGUGCUAUGAAAUCUAAGGCUGAGCCGUAUCUCUACCUUUCCAGCGAAUUCAAUCGGACGGUCAAUUCAAUCAGUCCAAACGACAAUUUUAUUCGACUUUGUCACUGGAUACUUGUGAAUGAAUCUGGGCUUGCCGUAGCCCUUUCUCAAGAGGAGGCAGACCAGGUCAUUCCCAUUCUCCGAAAAUCGCCAUCUGAUAGUUCACAUGCCUAUCUCAUUGUCUAUGCUGCCCCAGUCACGCGUCGGAUGAUGCACUUUAACAACCUAGAUUACUUUGCUAUCCCACCGCUCCCUGUCGAUCUCGUCUUCCCUGUACAUCUCAAAAUCGAACUUGGAAUUUUCGCUGGACGCCUUUACUUUGCUUGGGAUGAACAUUCGGAGCUCCUGGAUUAUAUUGGUCUCUCCGAGACCGUGGGUGCGCAGAGUCCGACUGACAAUUGGGGAGGAUUUACCAAAGACGCUUCAAGCUUUACUCAUGAGUGGCUUACACUUCGUCGAAAAGGUCAAGACAUCGAACAUACCCCCAUGGGCUUCUUGACGACUGGCAGACCUCUCUUCGCAGAACAUCCUUUCUUCGCAACCGAUUCCAGAGAAAAGAAGCGCGACAUCUCCAAGCACACGCUCUCCAAGGAACAACUCAUUGAGGAUGAUGUUUCAGAGGAUGGGGACCAGGACUCGGACGAGGAGCUCUUUGCUGAAGCUGAAGAGAUCUAUGAUAAUCGACAGGUGAUGAUAUAUUCCGACGAUGAUGAUGAAGCGGGAAACAUGUUCUUUGAUGCGUUCGAUAAGGUUGAAGAACUUGAAGGUCAGGAGUAGG